CUCAGGGGCGACCGGAAGUGGAGGCGGUCGCGGCACCGGCGGAGGCGCCGUUGCGGCGGCACCGGAGCGUCCCGGCGGGUCCCGAAGGAUCCCGGUGCUACCGGCGGGGCCGGCAGCGGCCCCCCGCGCUCUCAGGGCCUCCCGAAGCGCCGGGCGCGGCCGGUCCCCGCGCUCCCUCCCUGCCGCCGGUAUCCAGGGACUCGGCUCCGUUGCUGAGGGGCCGGCCCGGCGCGGCCAUGGUGCGGCUGCACGUCAAGCGCGGCGGUGAGAGCCAGUUUCUGCUGGAGGCGCCGGGCAGCGCCCGCCUGGCCGAGCUGGCGGCGCUCGCCGCCCGCAUCCACAAUGGGCGGCUGAAGGUGCAGCGCCUGUGCUCAGAGAUGGAGGAGCUGGCAGAGCAUGGUAUUUCCUUACCUUACAAUAUGCAAGGACUGACAGAUGAACAGAUCAAAGAGCUGAAGUUAAAGGAUGAGUGGGCAGAGAAGUGUGUCCCAAGCGGUGGAAGCAUCUUCAGGAAGGAUGAAAUGGGGCGAAGAAAUGGGUUUGCUCCAAAUGAAAAAAUGCAGGAAGUUAUAAAGAAGACAAUAGAAGAAGCCAAGGCAUUAAUCUCUAAGAAACAAGUUCAGGCCAAUGUGUGUGUUACUAUGGAGAUGGUGAAAGAUGCAUUGGAGCAGCUCCGAGGGGCUGUUAUGAUUGUGUAUCCAAUGGGAUUGCCUCCACAUGAUCCAAUUAGGAUGGAGUUGGAAGACAAAGAAGACUUGUCAGGAACUCAUGCUGGAAUUGAAGUUGUAAAAGAAUCGGAAGCACAGUUAUGGUGGGCAGGAAAGCAGUUGGAAGAAACAAAGUUGCUCUCUGACUAUGUAGGCAAAAAUGAGAAAACUACCAUCAUUGUCAAGAUCCAGAAAAAAGGCCAAGGAGCUCCGGGGCGAGAGCCCGUGAUCAGUCAUGAAGAGCAAAAAGAGAUGAUGCUGUACUACUACAGGAAGCAGGAGGAGCUGAAGAAACUGGAGGAGGAGGACGACGACUCAUUUCUAGAUGCUGAGUGGGCAGACAACCAUGCUCUGAAAAGGCAAUUUCAUGGUGUCAAAGACAUCAAAUGGGGUCCAAGAUGAAGCUGUGCGAACCCCUUCUUAAGCUGCUCGGUUGAUGCUCUUGUUUGCAGCAAGGAGUUGUGUUGUGUGUGGUAGAUUCUUCUGACAGCAGCUGAAAUUAUCACUUCUGUGGCCUUAGAUGUUCAAUAAAUCUUCAUAUUUCUCUGUGA